CGAUGAAGCUUCUCCACAAACAAGUCCAGGAAACACCGCCCAUCGUCGUCAUCUGGUUUUCAAGUGGACUAUAUUCAAAUCCAACAAGUGAAUGGUUUGAACCCGUUGGCGACGAAGUGUUUUCCUUCUUUUUUCCGACUGAUUCACGAUCCGGUUGAGGCCCGAAAUGUAUAAAAGACGCCGACCCGUUCGUGGUUUCCCCAGUCAUUCGACACACCACCCAACAAGAUGUAUUAUCUCAGGUAUUUUCUGAGUUUGGCCGUCGUGCUCCAGCUUGCAAUCACGGCUCCUACACCAACAAAUUUCCUGCAGCCCUUCGAGACUUAUUUCAGCAGCCUCCCUCCGGUACAGCGGAGUAUUACCAGCGAAAAUUUACGCUCGGCCACUGGCAAUUCCGAUGUCAAUAAAGUUCGCAGCAUCCAAAAUCGCGGCGGCCCCUUCAACAAGAAUCGCAACUACUUUGAAGAUUUCAAAAUUCCCGACGACUUUGGAAAUAAUUUCCCUGAAUACUCGGAAACCCCUCAAAGUGGCAAGGGAAGUGGCGACUCUAAAACUUCCCAGGGUGAAAGGGUUCACCAGAAAAACGAAUAUUACAGCUACUCUUUUAGCACCCCCGUAGAAGACGUCUCCGGAGAUGAUGUUAUUGCGGUAGUUAAUGUCAAACACUCACCGAAAGUUUAUUUCUACCAGGUUGCCGAAGCCGGUCCCCGUCAUCUCAAAGUAAUGUAUUUCACUGGAUUCCCGACGAACAGACAGCGUGGAACGAGAGUUUCUGCAAAAACGAACUAAAUUAGCAUUUUCUUAUGUUAUUCUUGUUAUUAUACCCGAGUGAACCAAGAUGUUGACAUUCUUGGCAUUCUUCACUUAACUGUUCCUCAUACAUGUCCCUCCAAUCCAUUUUGUUGAAUACAUUUGUCUAUUCGUCGAUGAAAAGAUAAACAUU